CUUUUAAACUGCCAUACUCUUGCCAAAAGAAUGGUGUCCCCUACUUCUUUAAAGAGAGAAAGUGCCAUCUUUCUCUCUUGCUUUCAAUUGUUUUUUUGCCACCCUCAAAUAGUGUCUUCUCUCUUGUUGGUUCUUGUUUCUCCAAUCAUAAACCUUCAAACAUUACAAAGGAUUGAAAUAUAUUCAAGUUUCACCCUUGUCAUUGAUCAAGAAAGAAAGAGUAUCGGUUAUUGUAGUUUCAAGUCGUAAAAUUUUGCUCCAAAAAGGGUGAGAUUCUAAGUUUUCACCCUUUUCAAGAUCAUUAGCGUUCAAGUUUAACGUUUUUAAGUGGUUAAAAAGGAAGAAAAUUUGGUCUUCAAUCGUCAAAGAUUCAGUUUUUACCCUUUUUCUUUAUUAAAACGUGACUUUUCAAGAUUGUCGGAAAUUCACGUUUUACUUUAUCAAAGUCAUGAUAUAAAAGGACAAUUGCCCUUUUCAAGAUUGCCUUAUGUUUGAAUUUCACCAUCUCCUUUUAUCUUUUCAAUAAAAGUCAUAAGUUCAAGUUUCACCUUUUAUAGUAAAAAAAAGAUUUAUUGCUCUAGUUCCACCCUUUUUAGUGACCAAAAGUAUCAAUCAUAUUGUCACAAGUUGGUGUUUUAUCUUUAGUCAAAAACAAGAAAUUGUUUAUUGUUGUAUGUUAAUUCAAGGUUCAAUCAUACUCAAUGUCUUCUGAUUUGUUUGAAUUUGAAGAGUGUUUCUUCACUGAUCCCUUCUCUCCAUUGAGUGAUUCUUCCUCCAUUGACAUCCUCAAAGCCUUUCAAGAAAAUAACUACAACUUGAACCCUUUGACCCAUGAAAAUCUUGACCCACCAUUUGAUGAAAUUGACCAAAUUGCCCCCACCAAUACCCCCACCACCCUCCUUUCUUCCUCCCCACCAAGCCACCAACUUGAGAAUCUUUCUCUCAACCAAAUGGGCAAUUCAGUAAAUUCUCUACAUUUGUGCAAUCUUGAGGUCAAAACAGAAGAAAGACAACCACCCUUUUAUGACUAUUAUGUCAACAACAAUUCUUUCUUGCCUCAUAGCUAUGGUGGGUAUGAAAAUGCAAUGAAAAUGAUGCAAAGGAGCUUUAGUAGUAAAUCUUUUGAUGGAAGACCAAAUGGUUUUCUUUUUCAACCAAAAUUUGAUAGCUUGAUUGAGUCCUCAAGUCUUCAUGACUUCUCUUCUAGUUCAAGCCACAUGAGAAAAGUUUGUAGUGCUGGUGAUUUACAAAGCUUGAAAAACAAUCAUCGAAGUCAAACAUUGUCGUCAAGUCCAUUAGCGACUGAAGGGUCGCUCAUGGAGGAAGGAAAUUUUAAGGUGGGUCGUUACAGCCCAGAAGAAAGGAAAGAAAGAAUCUUAAGAUACAAAGCCAAAAGGACACAAAGAAAUUUUAACAAGACAAUUAAGUAUGCAUGUCGAAAAACUCUUGCUGAUAAUCGGCCAAGAAUUCGUGGGAGAUUUGCACGUAACGAUGAGCCUGAAGAAACGACUCCUAAAGCUUUAAAUUUUCAACGGUAUGAGGAUGAAGAUGAAUUGUGGAUGGAAGGGUUGCAAGAAGAAUAUUACUAUGAAGGAAUACCAAGACAACACUUUUUCAACACCCACAUGCCCACCACCCAAUUUCAUCAAUUUAGCUAUGUUCCUAAAUAAUAUCAAAAUAACUAGCUUCCUUCAAAAUUUCAUGGAGAUAUCCUAUUAGAUCGGUUGAUCUUAGACUUAGAGAGUUACAUGGCUACAAAAAUUAAUAAAAAUGUUCCUAGAUUAUUAUUAUUAUUAUUAUUAUUAUUAUUAUUAUUAUUAUUAUUAUUAUUAUUAUUAUUAAAAAUUAAAUUGUUGGUGUAAGAUCAAAGUUGAGACGCAGCAGGUUGGAAAGGGGGUCAGAAGAGAAAGGAAACAAGUUGUCGUAUAAAGCAUUAUAGUUUGCUUUGAACUUUAUAUAGUUUAUAAAUGCAAUUUGUAAGGUAACAUUAUUAUGAGUAUAAAAAUUGGGAACAUUUGCUUUUC